AUGAUGAAUUUCUAUCAGAUCAAAUAUGAUGUUGGGUAUUUUGGUGAAAUAAAGGAAUAUUCUAGAUUGUUUCCAUUGGAACUUGUAGAGGUUUUAACGUUGCAAGAGUAUAGUUUAAUAGUAGAUAGUUUAAAUUCAAUCAUAAAGUUGCCCCCAUAUCUAUCAAUAUUAAAUUCAUUAGUAUUAUUUAUUAUAAUACCACUCAAUAUUUUUUUAUUUAUAUUCCAUAGAAAUUCACUAGUUCAAAUAGUAUUACUAAUAGUAAUGUUGGUAUUGUUUCUGUGCUUAGUGGUUUUUAAUGCUUAUGAAUAUUUAAUGCCAAAAAAAAAAAUUAAAAAUUUUAUGUGUGAAUUAAAUAUAGAGUUCAACAAAAAAAAUAUAUCAUUUGAAAUUGACUCGCGCUAUAUAGUAAUGGUGUUUUUUAAUUAUCAAGACCAUUAUAACAUUCCCCAACCCUUUUCGAAAAUGCAAAUGAUUGAUUUACCAUCUAUUGUUCAAAAUGGAGAUUAUUAUAUUAAAAUAGAUUUUGAAGAAAAUAUUAACUGCUCUGACAAAAUCAGAGGCGAGGGAGAUACAACUUAA